CACAACAAACUCUCAGCUCAGUUGGCAAAACGUGUAGUCUGCAAGUCUUCUGCGAGCAAUUCGAGGGUGAAAUCUCGGUGAAAAUACAUGUUUUUCACGGAUUUUUACACAAGAGCAACCUAGAUCAAACAGACAUGGAUGCUAUACGCAGAGAUGUUGCCAAGGAGAAGGAUCGUUAUAAGGUCCUCCAGCAGCAGCAGUUUACAUUCAUCAAUGCCAUGGCCAACACCAGGACAGGUGCAUAUGAGAAAACCAAACCAGUCAGAUCCAUCAAUCAUGUCAAAGAACUUUUUGAGCGUAGCCGCAACGCUACUGACCGCCGAGCCAUGAAGCAAUGGCUAGACUUGGUAGGAGAGCUGACAAAUAUCGUCAUGCGUAUCUCCAAUGUGAAUCCUGAUGCAAUCAAGGAAGGUCCAGCCUGUCAGGCCAUUGCCCGAUGCAGGACGUUACUCAACCCAAGCAAUGAAUUUUCAUCUCUACGAGCGGGAUACCCUCAUCAGGAGGUGAACCAUUUAAGCUGCUCAGAGGCCCGUGUCCUCUAUGGAGGCUGCGUCAGUAUAGUCCCUCUAGUGUUUGACAACUUACUCAAAAUAUACAGCAUCAUCAAAGAGAGUGGGAAAGAGCUGCAAGAAACAUGGCCGCCACAGACACAGAGGCCGAGGAGUAUACAGAGUGCAAGGCAUCAACGAUCUAAAACUGAAACCCAAGCCCCAUCAAGAGCAAAGACAGCCAUCGGUACAAGGAGCGCCCGCGAAAACUGCGAAAAGAGCACCGACACCAAGGACCUGACGAAACGCAUGCUCAAGCUCUCCUUCACCAAGAUGCCGAAAGGUCACGACGAGAACACGCUCUUCUACAGACGGACUCUCAAUGGCCGCGCAGACAAGCUUCACAUUAACGGUGAGAUAACGUUGGACAAGGCUCCCUGGAGGGGCGCCUCAUAUGAGAAGAUCAAUCACGUUGAUCAUCGGAGGUUCGUCAAUCUGGAAGAUAAGUUUUACUGAGUGGCUUGAGGGAUGUGAGCGGGUUUCUCGGCAUUUUAAGAUGGUAUAUACCCUUGUUCAAAUCUAAUUGAAAAUGUACAUGUAUGUUCUGUAGUCUUGUUACAUUCCAGAUGAUCCCCAGAGUAUUUUUACUGGUAGAUGCUCUGAAAUCUCAUCUUUCAUGGGGAAUUUGACAUCAAUAGUGAGUGUUAACCAGGUAGCAGGUGUCGUCUGUCACCCGGAGUAGAAUCUCCUUAUAUGACCAAUGGAGGUUAUGUAAUGCUGUGUACAUUCGUCGCUAAGCAUUGUAUUCUAAAACCAUUAUCUGCAUUCCUUCACCUGAUAGUGCCCAUAGCAGGCCAAGGAUUGUUUAGUGGAACAACAUUAUUGGCCGAGCCAUAACGUUGAAAGUAUAUUACUGGUAUUGCUUACUACUUUUAACGAAAUCUGGGGUUGUCAAAUAAUAAUUCACUUUCCAUGAAAGUAUGAUAUUACCGCAUGGCAACUCAUCGGUUCCCAUUUCAUUGUCGUCUAUUAGAGAUAUGGCAAGGCAAUAGGAAAAUAUUAAGGAAAUUUGAUACUAGUGAACACCAGUAAGGUUUUUGUCUCGCCUGCAUAGCAGAGCGAGACUAUAGGCGCCGCUUUUCCGACGGCGGCGGCGGCGUCAACAAUGAAAUCUUCACCAAGGUUAAGUUUUUGAAAUGUCAUCAUAAAUUAGGAAGUAUAUAGACCUAGUUCAUGAAACUGGGACAUAAGGGUAACCAACUAUCACUGAUAAUCCUGCAUGAGUUUCAUGUCUCAUGAUCAAGGUCAUUUAGGGUCAAUGAACUUUGGCCAUGUUUGGGGCAUUAGCAUUGAAAUCUUAACCAAGGUUAAGUUUUUGAAAUAUCAUCAUAACUUCAGAAGGAUAUGGACCUAGUUCAUGAAACGUGGACAUAAGGGUAAUCAUGUAUCACUGAUUGUCCUGCAUGAGUUUUCAGGUCACAUGAUCAAGGUCAAAGGUCAUUUAGGGCCAAUGAACUUAGAAUAUUCUCAAGUUUUUUUAAAAUGUUCAUCAUAACUUAGGAAGAAGUACAUGGACCUAGUUCAUGAAACUUAGACAUAAGGGUAACCAGGUAUUACUGAUCAUCCUGCAUGAGUUUCCAGAUCACAUGAUGAAGGUCAAAGGUCAUUUAGGGUCAAUGAACUUGGACUGUGGUUAAGAUUUUUUUUAAAUGUCAUCAUAACUUGUAUAAAGGCCUUUUCAUGAAACUUGAACAAAAGGUUAAACAAGUAUUGCUGAUUAUCUUGCAUCAGUGUCAGGUCACAUGAUCAAGGUAUAAGGUCAUUUAGGGUAAAUGAACGAACGUUAACCAUUAAAGCCGGCACUGCUGCUAUAUUGAAUUGCUUAAUGCAGGCGAGACUGCCAGAGACGUUCCACUUGUUUUUAAUUGAUGAGAAUCCUGUGUUCAUGAAUUGUCAUUAUUCUCUAAAGAAGUUUGUGGACACCAUCUGUGCAAAAACCUCUGUCUGACAUGGGAACAAUCUUGGACCGAAUAUGACUGCCGAUCUCAGAUCCCAUGGCCCCUAUUCUUUAAUUUAAACUCUGGUUUUAAAUUGUGGUUUAACUAUGAAAAGCCAUUUGUUACAUAAAUCUUUAACAGUAGAGGUUCAAUGUAUCAGCUAAUUUGACUCCCAAAACAUUAUUAACUGCCUGGGAAGGAUAAGUAGGACAGUUGUCUUCACCAUUAAAGAAUUAGUAAAGAGCACAGUAAGCAUGAGAAGCAUUCACUAUAAACAAAAUUUUGAAACAUUUGGCUUCCCAUAAUUUCAGCAGAGUUAGACCAUGGUCUAAGUUAAACCCGACUUCAGAAAACAGGCCCAUGUGUUUGCCACAAUGACUUACAUAAUAAUAAUAAUAA